AUGAAGCAAAUCAGAGGACCUAAAUUAAACUUUAAUAUGCCAAGUUAAAUAUAAGACUUAAAGGAUGAAAAACCAUAUUCAUAAUUCGAUCUUGAAAGCACAGACUGCUUCAGAAAUUAAAAAAUUUCUAAAUAUGUAAAAUUUGCCCCUACAAUAACUAUUUUUCUGAGAUAUCAAGAUGAAGAUAUCUACAGGUUCAGAGAAAGGCUUAAAACACAAGUUUAAAUGACAAAAGAAACAUUUAAUCUUAAUCCAACCCUAGAAGAAUCUCCAAGAAAAUAAUAACUUAAAUCAUGUAUGAGAAUUCCAAUAGAUUCCGAUUAUUGA